AACAACUUAAUAAUAUACAUAAAGAACGUUUAUCUUUAUUAUUAUAUAAUCAAAAAUAUAAUGAAUUUGUAGAACAAAUACAUAAUGAAACAGAUUUAAAAAAACUAAAAAAUGAAUGGAUUAGAAAAAUUAAUGAAUCAGAUUUUGUGGAAGAUGAUAAACAAAAUCUUUAUAAAAUACAGGAAGAAUAUUGGUAUAGAGAGAUACAACAAAGCAAAAAUUUACUUGAAUCUCAACAUAUUGAAUUAAAUAUUUUAAGAGAUGAAACUUUAAAAAAACUGUCAAACAAAUACUAUAAUGAGUUGCAAGAAUAUCUUGAGGAGCCACAUGAACAAAAUAAAUUACAAGAAUUACAACGAGAAUUAUAUCUAAAAAGAAAUUUUAAAUUAAAUCAUAAAGAUAUUAGCACAUUCUCAGAAGCCUUUGAAUCAUUAUUAAAUGAUGUAAUAUUAAAAGAAAAG